AUGACCAUGAACCCCUACCUGGAAAGACUCAGUGGAGAGGAGCUGGCACGUAGCGCAGCCCGACAAGUGUGCAAGGAUCCUGCAUCUUACACAGGAUACCUGACUGUAGGAGACCGCAGCUGGUCAGAGUUGACUGUGAGCGCGGUCAAGAUCAGCAACGCCCGGGCUCGGCUCCGAGCCCGGCGCUUCUCCUCGGGCCGCUCCAGAGCUCGGCUGGCGUUGCAAUCGCUAAGCGCGAGCGUCGCGCGCUCCCCGAGCCCCGAGGUUCACCCGAGCGGACGCCUAACCCAGGCCGGAGCCGGCCCUGGGGCUGCGGGCGCUGCUGCCGCGGGGAGACCGGCCGGGGGCCGGCGCAGAGGUGCGACAGAGGGGCGCUGUGUGCGGCGCCUGGAGCCGGGCAGGUCCCGGUGGGGAGCCGGCGCGCUGAGGCGGGGCGCGGGGCGAGAACCCCUGGGUGCGGGUGCGGGCCUGGGGGCGGCGCUGGCCUUGCUGCUGCUGCUGCUGCCCGCAGGCUGCCCGGUGCGCGCGCAGAACGACACGGAACCCAUCGUGCUAGAGGGCAAGUGCCUCGUGGUGUGCGACUCCAGCCCGUCAGCCGAUGGCGCCGUUACCUCCUCGCUGGGCAUCUCCGUGCGCUCGGGCAGUGCCAAGGUGGCCUUCUCCGCCACGCGCAGCACCAACCACGAGCCGUCCGAGAUGAGCAACCGCACCAUGACCAUCUACUUCGACCAGGUUUUAGUAAACAUCGGCAACCAUUUCGAUCUUGCCUCCAGCAUAUUUGUGGCACCCAGGAAAGGGAUUUAUAGCUUCAGCUUCCACGUGGUCAAAGUGUACAACAGGCAGACCAUCCAGGUCAGCUUAAUGCAGAACGGGUACCCCGUGAUCUCGGCAUUUGCUGGCGACCAGGACGUCACUCGAGAAGCAGCCAGCAAUGGUGUCCUGCUGCUUAUGGAAAGAGAAGACAAAGUGCACCUCAAGCUGGAGAGGGGCAACCUCAUGGGGGGCUGGAAGUACUCCACCUUUUCCGGCUUCUUGGUCUUUCCUCUAUAA